AUGGCUUGGGAAGAACCUCGUAAGACGGGCAUGCAAUACCGCCGUUUGGGAAACUCAGGUCUGCAUGUUUCUGUCCUUGGUCUCGGUGGCUGGCUCACAUUUGGCGGCCACGUCGAUAGUGAACUCACAUUUUCCUGCAUGAAACAAGCGUACGACUGCGGGAUUACCUUCUUUGAUACAGCCGAGAACUACACCGCCGGAAAGUCAGAGAUAGUGAUGGGCCAGGCAAUCAAGAAAUUUGGCUGGAAUCGGAGUGACAUAGUCGUCAGCACAAAAUUAAAUUGGGGUGCCGUCAACGGGGAAGUACUCGUCAACAACCACGGUCUGUCAAGGAAGCACAUCAUCGAGGGGUUGCGCGCCUCGUUGAAGAGAUUGGACCUUGAAUAUGUGGAUAUCGUGUAUGCCCAUAGACCAGAUCGUUUAACGCCCAUGGAGGAAACAGUGCGAGCCUUCAACCACGUGAUCGAAAUCAAAGGAUGGGCUUUGUACUGGGGAACGAGCGAGUGGUCAGCGGACGAAAUCGCUGAGGCGUGCGGCAUUGCGAAGCAGCUUGGCCUUAUCCCACCGGUCGUCGAGCAACCGCAGUACAAUCUACUCGCUAGAAGAAAGGUCGAGGGAGAAUUCCAGAGGCUAUAUUCACGUUUCGGAAUUGGAUUGACGACCUUCUCGCCGCUCAAGUUUGGUGUAUUGAGCGGAAAAUACAAUGACAGCCCUGAGAAGCCUCCUGCUGGGUCUCGGUUUGCCGAAGGACAGGACCGAUUUGUGAACAGUAUGAGGGACUCAUACGGAAACGACAGCUGGGUGGAGAUGAUUGACAGCUCUAGAAGGCUCAAGCCUAUUGCCGAUAAAGUGGGCGUCACCCAGUCACAGCUCGCGUUGGCGUGGUGUCUGAAGAAUCCGAACGUUUCGUCUGUCAUUACGGGUGCCUCCAGGCCAGAGCAGGUGGUGGAAAACUGCCAGGCAUUGCAAGUCUUGGACAGGCUUACACCAGAGGUAUUAGCAGAGAUCGACGGUAUCGUGGGAAAGAUAGAUUUGGAUCCAGCGAGACAAGAUUAG